AUGGGCUCCAAUGCCAGAGCAGCGGACGGUAACACACAACACAAGGAGCUUGCGAUCGAGCUGCGUUGCGAGGGCAGAGAAAGAGACGGGCAGUGCAGUGAUGAAGAUAAGGACCUGCCCUUUGGAAGCACACACACACAAACCAACACUGACAUCACAGGGGGUAGCAAGACACACUACUACAAACAGGCUGAUCAGCUGAUGCCCGGUGGCUUCAGGAUCUUGCCAAGGUCGAAGAUCCAGGAGGUGAUCCUGCGGAGGAGAUCGAGGUCAAUGAACAGCGCCGGCGCGCAGAGGAGCCACGUCCCCGAUCAGGCCGCGAGCUCGUCGACCGUUCCAUCCGACGGCGACGGCGGCGGGGCCGGGGCAGACGCCGCCGGCAGCAAGAGUGCCGCUGCACGUGCCCUGUUCGCCUCCCCGAGGCUGCUGCACUCUUCCUCCCUGCCCGCCGGCACCUUCGCCUUCGUCAAGAGCCCCCGCGCGGGAUGCCGAGUCCGAGACGUCCUUCUCCAUGAGCCCGACGUCCGUGCUCGACGCGGCGGCGGCCUUCGCGCCAGGUCCGGACGGCGUCGGCAAGCGCCGCCGGCCGUGGCGGGCGCGGGACAACAACGGCCUCGCGGACGCGCUGGACUGCAGCGACCACCACCACCAGCAGCAGCAGGAGCGGAUCGUGCUCGCGGCGACGUCGUCGUCCUCGCUGGUCAGGUCGUGCUCCCUGGACCGCCGCGUCGAGUUCGGCGUCAAGAACAAGAGCUCGUGGCUGCCCCUCAGCACCUGCAGCGGCCGCGAGGCUACGUCGCCGGCGCCGGCCGAUCCGCGGGAGAUAAUAGAAACGUCGUCGGAGGACUACACGUGCGUCAUCUCCGCGGGCCCAACCCGAGGACGGUGCACAUCUUCGGCGACCGCGUCGUGGAGGGCGGCGCCAGCGCCGGCGCCGCAUCGGAGAGGGAGAGCUCGCCGCGGCCGAUCAAUCUGCCGCCGCGCGGCGACCGGGGAUUCUUCAGCCUCUGA